AUGAAAUUGGGGAAGAAGGUUGGGGUUUCGAGAUUUCUUUACUCUCCGGCUGCACUGGUAGUUGGUGCCUCGGAGUACAAUCCUGGAGUUUCUGCUGUUGCAAUCAAGAAUUUUACCAUAAAUGAUGAACUCUUUCCUGGGCAUUUCCCUGAGAGGCCAAUCAUGCCUGGGGUUCUCAUGGUUGAGAUAAUUUUACGAGGAAUGCCACUCGUGGUUGGAUCCAGGCAAUUGCUGAAACCAGAAGUAGGAGGCUCACUUGAAAAAUUCUUCUUUGCUGGAAUUGACAAAGUAAGAUUGAAGAAAUCAGUGAUUGCAGGUGACACCUUAGUUAUGAGAAUGACUCUUGUCGAGCUGCAGAAACGCUUUGGAAUAGCAACAAUGGAGGGCAAAGCUUAUGUUGGGGGUAACUUUGUUUGUAAAGGCGUGUUUUUGAUGGCUAUGGGGAGUAAAUAAUUGCUGAACUGGCAUAGGGAAGUCAAGUGCUCAA